CUUUCAGCACUGUAUCUAUCUAUUCUGUAGAGCAUGAACACGGAUCGAUGCUGUUUGUAAAAGGCUAGACUUAGUACUGAGGUUAUCAUUCCACUUUCCUUGCUACUCCUAUCCUUGCUAUUAGCUUUACAAAAGUCUUUCCAAACUACCCAUACGUAUACAUCAUUUCAAGAGAGGCCUGACGAUGUGGUAUGGCACAGUAUUGAAUUUACUGGCAAUGGCUGCCACUACGUUGGGUUCUACAUGGCCUACAGUAUCCGGCAACAGUAACUUGACCUAUUGCAGCGACCCGAGCUUAUGGUCAUUUGGUUCGUCUAAUCUGACAUUUGUGAGCCAACUCACACAGGUUCCUGAAACACCGAUUCAGUUUUCCUGGUUACUUGAAUCUGUUUCAGAAACCGACCUCCAAAAUUUUACCGCCAAUACUCAUAUCAACAUCGAUUCUAACUGGGUAGUGUGGGGAGGAAGCGGAUUGAUGCAGUCGUACGAUUGGUGUACAUUUACCAAUGGCACGAAUUGUCCUCAAGAGUAUAUUCCAGGGAACUUGGUUGUGUUACAAAGUCCUAUAUUCCAAUUGAGCUUGUUCGGCGGGCCUAAGAAAUUCUCCUACACCAUCGACGUACAGUUCAAUGACGGCACUGGCAAUGCAACACUGUUCUGUGCGACAGGGACUAUGGACCAGAACAACAUGCCGGGACUGAAGGAGUCAGUCACAGUUGCGCAGGAUCCGUUUCAGGAGGAGCUGAAAUAGUAUGACUGCGUACAUGAUUAUCGAGCAAUGCGCUCUUGCCAAAUGAGGCCAGGCAGGCUAUAUAGUCCCUAGGCUGAAAAGAAGGAAAGCGACAAGAGGACUUAAGUAGAUCUGAG